GAGAUACUGUGUAAUCAAGAUUCUUCUCCCAGUGUACCUAAUUCUGCGGAAUUACAAAGUGGCAAUUAUACUCAAACUGAAUCGCACACUCGACAAGAAACAACUGGUCUAGAAAAUCAAGUAAAAAUGGAAAAUACACAGAACGAUGAAAAAUCCCAUCAAGAGCCCAAGUCAAAUAUGGAACAUGAUGCACACAUAGAAAAAUCACAAAAUCAGAGAGGUUUUCAAGACUCAACACAAGGUUUACAUCAUGGAAAAGAGGAAUCAUAUAAAGGAGGUAAACAUUAUUUAAAAGAUAAAUAUUCUCAACUAACUAUAUAUUCAAAAUUAUAUUGA